GACGUGUAUUUAUAUGUCUACGUUAGAUGGCAUGUAACCUACAGUGUAAUUUAACGAUUUGAACAGAAUUAUUACUUAAUAUAUUUUUUAGCAGAUAUGACUGCAAAAUCCCUUCAAGAGCUAGUGCGCGAGGCGGCGCUCGCGCAUGGAGAUGAAACAGCUGUCGCGUUCGACAGCAGCAUCGCAGCGCGUGUGUCUUUUACAUAUGAUGAAGUAAUUUCCCUAGCAAAUGAAUUAACUGAACAUCUGCGCGUCUCUGUUCAGAAACAUGAUAGCGUCAUGGGGUUAUUCUGCCAUACAGACGUCUUCCUCCCUGUCUGGAUUAUUGGUGUUCUGCAGUUUCCUGCUGCAUAUGUUCCCCUUGAUCCUGCCUCACCAACUUCAUGCACCCUGAGAAUGAUGAACAAGUGCAGACUGAAUUUCUGCUUGAUACAGAGUGAUUUACUUAAUAAAUUCCAGAGUGCAUUUUCCAAACUGCUAUCCCUGGAGGUAUGUUCAACAUUGUCGUCGCAUAAUCUUACUGUAAUAAAGAUACAAAGAGAUCAGGAUGCACACAUUCAACCGACAGAGACUGAACAUCAGCAUUCCAACUCUACUAUGACCAAAGAGAGCCACCAGAGAGAGCAAUUGGCUUAUGUUUUGCACACAUCUGGAACAACAGGGCUUCCAAAGAUAGUGAAUGUCCCACACAGGUGUAUUGUGCCUAACAUAAUUCAUCUAAGAUCUCUAUUUAAGAUGACUGCAGAAGAUAUUGUGUUUCUUUCCUCUCCGUUAACAUUUGACCCGUCUGUAGUAGAGAUAUUUUUGGCCCUGUCUUCUGGAGCAUGUCUCCUUAUUGUUCCCUCUGCUGUUAAAAAGAUGCCACACAGACUUGCACAUGUGCUGUUCAAACGAAACGCAACAACAGUCUUACAGGCAACUCCCACUCUUGUGAAGCGCUUUGGAAGGCGUGCAUUGCAGGAGGAAGUGCUUAGUGCAAAUUCAUCCCUACGGUUGUUGGCUUUUGGAGGAGAGCCAUGUCCAUCUCUGACUCUUCUCAAGAGCUGGAGGCAGGAAGGCAAUAGCACACACAUCUAUAAUCUUUAUGGCACCACAGAAGUUUCUUGCUGGGCAAGCUGGUACAAAGUCCCAGACAAACUCCUAUGCUCAGAUGACACAACUGAUGUAUCUGUGCCCAUUGGGGAGCCAUUGUUGGAUACUGUAAUCGAAGUGAGAAAUGAGACUGGACAUUUUGUCACUGAUGGAGAAGGACAGGUGUUUAUUGGUGGUCAGGAGAGGGUGUGUCUGCUAGACAAAGAGGAAACUGUAGUCGGGGGAACGAUGCGUGCUACUGGUGACUGGGUGCAGGUGCGCGAUUCCCAUCUGUAUUUCCUGGGAAGAAAGGAUCGACUCGUCAAGCGAUUUGGUCAGCGGGUGCAUCUAGAUGCCCUGCAGCGGAUCAUAGAGAAUUUACCCCAGGUAGAGGCGUGUACAGUGAGCCUGAGUGGGGAUAGCAGGUUGGUGGCAUUUAUAGUGCUUGCAUCAGGUCAACCAAGAGCCCUUUCAUCCUCCUCCUCAGAAAUUCAUCAUGGAAAGCCUUUUCAAGAUUCUACUGAGGCCUCUGAAGUGGUUGCUGAAGUAGAAGACCUAAGAGACUCCUCUUCCUCCCUCAGAGUUAUUGAAGGAGAAAUUCGCCAUACAUUAUCUCAGUUUUUGGCCAGUCAUAGCAUUCCAGACACAAUCUUGUUUAUCUCCGCACUUCCACUCACCUCUCAUGGUAAAAUUGCCAUGGACGAGUUGAUGAGGAUGUGUGAGACCCAAAGACAGAACACAGAUAAACAAACUGUACAAAAAGACAUUGAUACCAUAAGACUGAAACUACAGACAUUAUGGAAGGAGUGUCUUGGCCUGGCUAAUGAUGUGGUGGUUGAGGAGGAUAAACACUUUAUGUUAAGUGGAGGAGACUCCCUUCAGGCCCUGCGCCUCUUUGAUGAGCUCACUGUUGCCAUGGGGACAACCUCAGUGGGCCUACUAGAAGUCAUAUUAGAUGGCUCUUUCUCAGAUGUGCUAAGCCACAUCAUGACCAAAGCAGAUAACAAUGUAAUCCAGCCAUCAAAGAAAAGAUUGCUUGAAGAUUCUGCCUCUGUAUUUUCCCCAAAAAGACUGCACAAGGAUAUGACCACAGUGGGUGUCCCAGAAAGCACAAUGGGUUUUGUAGUUCCCUCAGUGAAAAGGACUGCGGGAUUUGUAGUUGUGAGGCGAGCUGGAGAGGUUAUCGAUCUUCUUGGAGGACAACAUAAUGACUUCUCAGACAUAAUUACAGUGACAGAAACUUCUGAAGACAGUAAAGUGGAUUUAAUAUUUAAUGCUUCACGUGAACUUGGUGAGAUACCUCAGGAUAAUUCCAAUGUUAAAAAGGUCACUGAGCAGCAUGUCCCUCAAGAUGUUGGUGGUAGUCAAAUGACUGCAUCCUCUAGGGAAGAUUCUCCUGAUGCUCUACCUCUUGGCCUCCGAGUCCUCUGGAGCUCGGACACAGGCAGAUGUGUGGAUGCCUCUCCCGUGCUGCUGGUGGGCCCCGAGAGAACCACAGUGUUUAUUGGCUCUCACUCACAUAGACUGCAGGCUCUUGACCUGACCAACGGGGAGGUCAUCUGGGAGCGUAUCCUUGGAGAUCGUCUGGAGUCUUCUGCUGCCAUUUCAAAAUGUGGAACCCUUUUGGUAGUAGGCUGCUAUGACAGAAAUGUGUAUUUCCUGGAUGUAUCCUGUGGGGAGACAUUAUGGAUGUUCAAGACAGGAGAUGUGGUCAAAAGUUCUCCUACUGUAGACCCUAAAACUGGACUUGUUUUAGCAGGGUCCCAUGAUGGCUAUAUUUACGCAUUAAACCCACUGGCCAAGUGCUGUAUAUGGCAGCACUAUUGUGGUGGAGGAGCAGUGUUUUCAUCCCCAUGCAUCCACUUGUCUCAAAGAAAGUUGUACUGUUGUACUCUAGGAGGGAAUCUCCACUGUCUUAAUCCAGACAGUGGAAAAGUCUUGUGGACAUACACCAGCAGUGUUCCUUUUUUCUCAUCUCCAUCCUGCUCUGAUACUUGUGUCUUCAUUUGUUCAGUCAAUGGACAUGUUUUUGGAUUAAGCCAUUCUGGAGUUAAGUUAUGGGAUUUCUCUGCUAAAGGAUCAAUCUUCUCGUCACCAUGCAUUUCUUGCUUGGCAUCUUUGAACAGUCAUCAACUACUGUCUAAAACGUCUUGCAGCAACAAAUCAAUGUUACCAUCACCCAAUCAGACGGUUACAUGUGGGUCACAUGACAGCUUUGUUUACUGUUUAAAUGCUGUUAAUGGAUUGUUAUUAUGGCAGUUCCAAACCACAGGCAAGGUUUUCUCUACUCCAUUUGUAUUUAAUGGCACCCCAUGGGGUUUCGCAGUACUGGUUGCUGUGUGCUCUACUGAUGGGACAGUGUGGAUUUUAGAUGGAGAGACAGGUGCACUGAAGGCUUCUAUGUCUUUGCCAGGGGAGCUUUUCUCCUCUCCUGUUGUAUGGGGACAUUCUUUAGUGGUUGGAUGUCGUAAUGAUUAUGUUUACUGUCUAGAACUGUGCAGACAAUGAUUAAU